AUGAGUUACGGUGAUAAAGUGAUUGUUGCUGUACGUGUGCGUCCAUUCAAUGAACGUGAGAUAGGUCGAAAAGCUCGACUUAUAAUAGAAAUGCCUGAUGAACAAAGGACAGGAAUUCGUGAUCCAAAUGCACCAGAUGAAGAUGCAAAAUGGUUUACUUUUGAUCAUAGCUACUGGUCUCAUGAUGGUUUUAACGAAAAUGCGGAUGGUUAUUUAGAGCCCAUCAAUAAUCACUACGCAGAUCAGAGAAAAGUUUUCAAUGAUCUUGGCAAAGGAGUGCUCGACAAUGCAUGGAAUGGAUACAAUUGUUCAUUAUUUGCCUAUGGGCAAACUGGUAGCGGAAAAAGUUACUCGAUGGUUGGUGAUAAAAAUAAUGCAGGUGAUAGUUGUGAUAAGAAAAUCGCUAUGACCUUAUUAUAUUUUCGUAAACAGAAUGAUAAAGAAAUUUUCAAUAGUAUUAUACCAAUUGUCUGCAAAGAACUUUUCAAACAGAUCGAUGAAAAAAAAUGUGUAGAUCCAAAAACGGAAUAUCAAGUAUCGAUCUCAAUGUUUGAAAUAUAUUGUGAAAAAGUUCGUGAUCUACUCAGUGUUAAAUCUCCACCUAAAGGCGGCUUAAAAAUACGCGAACAUCCAAAAACCGGAUUUUACGGCGCUAUAUGCCGUCUUUAUUUAACAAUCAUCUUAUCAUCAAGCAAAUUACAUUUAAUCUUCAAUGAAUUGCGAAUAGCCUAUAUGGGAUUUGCAGUGGAGGAUUUAACAAGUGUCCCAGUUAGUAGCUAUUUGGACAUUGAGAAAAAGAUGGAUGAAGGAACGAAACAAAGGACGAUUGCAGCCACAAAUAUGAAUGCUACGAGCAGUAGGUCGCACACUAUCGUUAAGAUUCAAUUUAAUCAGAAAUCAGCUAAAAACUCGCAAGGAACAACGAAAACAUCUGAAAUAAACUUAGUGGACCUUGCUGGAAGCGAACGUCAGAAAGACGCUGGAUCAGAGGGUGAUCGACUUAAAGAAGGCAUUGUCAUCAAUAAAUCAUUAUCAACAUUAGGUCGAGUGAUAAAGGCUCUUCACGAACAACAGAAUGAUAAAAAGAAAAAAAGGGUUCAGGUUCCAUAUCGAGAUUCCGUUCUAACAUCAUUAUUAAAAAAUGCUCUCGGUGGAAAUAGUAAAACAAUAAUGAUAGCAGCGUUAUCACCAGCCGAUAUCAACUAUGAUGAAACAUUAUCAACUUUAAGAUUCGCUGAUCGAACAAAAUCAAUCAUAACAAAGGCGAUUAUUAAUGAAUCGCCAACGGAACGAAUGAUUCGAGAAUUAAAAGAGGAAAAUUCUCGACUUCUCGAACAAAUACGAAAUCGUGGAGGAAAUUUGAAUGAUAGCGAUGACUCAAACAUUGUUUGGUUUAAAAUUUUUGAAGGGAAAGGAAAAACCUUUCAGAAACAGGUUGAAGCCUUAAAACGUCAGCUUGAAGAAAAUCAAAAGGAAAUGGAAAAACUUGAGCAAACAUGGCAACAACGACUUGACGCCGAACGCCUCAAAGAAAUUAAAGAUGGUAUAAAUAGUGAUGAUAGGCAUAUAAUUGCACAACGAAGGAAAGAGCAACCACAUUUGUGGAAUCUAAAUGAAGAUCCAGCUUUGACAGAUAUGAUUGUUCAUUUUAUCGAAAAAGGAGAAAUCAAGCUUGGAAAUAGUAACGCAGAUCCACCAGCAAAUAUUCAAUUAAAUGGUUUAAGCAUUCAACCGAAACAUGCUACAUUUUUUAAUAAGGAUAAUAAAAAAGUUACUCUAGCACCAGUUGAUGGAGCAGAGAUUUAUGUGAACGGCAAAAUUAUUCGUACUGUUACACAACUUGAAACUAAUGACAGAAUUUUCUUUGGUGGAAAUCAUUUAUAUGUUUUUGUGAAUCCUAAAAAAAGGCCAAAGAAAAUGCAAAAAAUAACUUACGACAUGGCACAGCAAGAAAUUGCGAAAAAUUCAGCUCUCGCCGGAAUUCUCUCAACGAGCGAUAAUAGCCAAAAAUCCACUGCUGAUCUAAUUCUCGAAGAAGAUUUAAUUAAUAUCCUACCAAACGUAUAUCGAGCGAAUUCAAUGAGUAAAGAACUGAAAAAGAAUGCUGUCUUUGAAAUUAUAUUAGUCGCACCUGAAGCCAGAGGCUUAAAUGAUGGGCUCACCGAGAUUUGGAUCAAAUUUCAUGAUAAAAUCGAUGAUACUCAGUUUUUAUGGAACAAAGACCGUUUUAUGAAUCGCUAUUUUAGAAUGCAAGAAAUUUAUCAAGAUUUCGUUGAAGGUGACUCUAAUUGGAGAGUGUCUAAGGAGGAAGAUCCAUUCUAUGAAUCCCCUCAUAAUGAAUCGAUUAUUGGUUAUGUUAACAUAUUUCUAAGAAGCCUUGCAUUUUUGGUCGAAUUGGAAGAACAAUUAACUAUUUUCGAUUAUUCAGGACAUGACAUUGGACAACUUGCAGUGGCACUUUUUCCAUGCACAAAAUCUGGUAGAGAAAUUAUAGGAGAAUAUGUUGAAAACCCUUCUAAACUAGUUAGUAAAUUCUUGUUUACGGUGAUUUUAGCGGAAUUGACAAUGAAAAUUAUUGGAGCAAUGGGAUUACCUCGACGAAUUGAAAAGGUUAGAGGUCAAAGCAAAAUUUCAAAGCUUCAGUCGAGCAGUCGCUAUAAAUUUUUCGAUCAACCACUGGCAAUCACAAAUCGAAUAGCUGGAACUAAUCCUGUUUAUGGUCAUGAAUCUACUUAUUCAUAUAAAGCAUUAGUGAAUUAUUUAAAGAACAAUUGGUUACAUGUGACUAUAUGGGGUACGCAAAGAAGUAGAAGUUUAUCGUUACGACCGAGCCAAUAUGAUAUUCAAACUAUUCCUUUAACGCUAAAAACUAAUUCCAAGAAAAUUAAGGAAAGGAAAAAAUCUGUGGAACGAAAAAAAAUAAAGAAAAUGAAAACGAAAGCAAAUGAACAAUUUGAAGCAUCCAAUGGAACGAAAAAUGAAUUCGGCUCAAAAUUAAUUGAACCAAUUAGUCAAAUGUCAGCAAACAUUGACGAUUUUAAACCGAAACAAUUUAGCAAAGAAAAACAUAAAAAAAUGAAAGCCACCAUUGAAAGUAUAGUUAUUCAUCAAUCACCGAAAGGCACCAAAAAAUUUAAUCACCAAGACACCGAACUUAAGCUUUUACCUCAUAAACGAUUAUCAAUUGAUGAUAAAGAACAAGUAAUGAAAAGGUCUUCCUCAGUAUCUCAUCAAAGGGCUUUCGAUUCAGCACAAAAUUUAGAGAAUAUUGCACCAGCGAAUCGGGCCAAAUCAAAAAAGAAGAGAGGCAAGUCUGCCACAAAUAAACUUAUAAAAAAAAAUCCUUUUUAA